AUGGCAGCGCACGUGUUUAACGCCCGGGAAGUUAGAGAGACCGGCGCCGGGGAACAGCCCGGAGCGAUGGGGAGUAGGGAUUCCGAUUCCUACCUCCAGCUCCUGGCGUCACCCCUGGUGUCGCGAUCCCCAUCCCCGGGAAGUAUGGAGGACCCGGAAGAGAUCCCGGACGUAAAUCUGGAGGACGACCAGCCAAUGGCGGAGGAGGAGGGCGUGGCCGAGGUCAUCACCCUCUCCUCGGAGAGCGAAGACGACGGAGGCGAGACGGUCACGCCGGAGGUGUCCUCGGACGAGGACGAGACCGCGCGGAAGGCCAGGGCGCGGAUGGCUUACCGGAGCGUCCGGCGGGCUACGCAGGGCCAGGGACGGAUAUGCCUCGGAAUCACGCCGCCGACCGGGGACCCGGUGGAGGCGAGACGGUUCAUGGAGGCACGAGUCGCCACCCUGCGGCGUUUACAGCAAAUGGUAGACGCGCGGAGGGCCGCCGCCGCCGAGACCGCAUGGCAGGAGCGGCUGGCUCGGCUGCAAGAGGAGGAAGAGGCGUUGUGGGCACCAACCACGGAGCAGCCGGAGCCCACGCAGCCGCCGUUGCCGUUGACGCCGCCGCCACGGCAGCCGCCGCCGCCGGCGCUGUCGCCGCCCCCACCACCACCCCGGAUGACGGCGGCGCUGUCACCGCCACCACCACCACCCCGGAUGACGGCGGCGCAGUCGCCGCCACCGACACCACCACGGCCGCCGCGCACGCCGGCGACACCACCGCCGCAACCUCGCUCGCCGACGCCACCACCCCAGCAGGGGGAAUGGCCGCGGUAUGACCGGCAACAGGCGUGGGAGAUGCCCCAGGCCCACGUCGGCCAGGUGGUCCGCACGUUCGAGAUGGGCGGCCGGCUGUGGCACCAACAGUCGGUGACGUGGACGUGGCCCGCGUCGGUGGAGACCGAGGACGCGCCGGAAGCCCGGGUGUGGGAAGAGGCGGAAGCGAUCGGCUGGAGGAUGCCGGACCAGGAGUCCCGCGAUCCCUGA